AUGAGCCCGCUGCUCGUUUCCUCACUUCUUCUACUGCUGCUGUGCCGCGAUGUGGCCGCCCUCCCUGACCAGAAUAGCCUGUUCCGCUCCGACGAGUACUCCAAUGGCGAAUUUGGCUCCUGGCCGGUGCACAACUACCGGUCUAGCGAUAUCCAAGGCCCUCUCCUCAACUACUGGAGCCAUAGCCGCGCCUGCGAUGAUGGCAAGUAUACGCUGCUCACACCACGAGGCGCAAGCGUGAACCAGUCCGGGCCCACAAUCAUUGACGAGGACGGCAACCUUGUUUGGUUUAAAGAGUAUGGCAGCACCUAUAAUGCCAAUGUCUACCAGUUCCGUAAUGAGAGCUAUCUGACCUUUUGGGCUGGUAAGGACUCUUUUGGCGGCCGCGGAGAUGGGACUCUCUACAUGCUCAACAAGCACUAUGAGGAGGCGUACAAGAUCCGCGGUGCCAACGGCCUUUCCGCUGAUCUGCACGAGUUCUGGAUCACCAGCAACGACACAGCUUUGUUGACUUCGUUCGCCCUAGCCUCCGCCGACCUUCGGAUGGUAGAUGGGCCAGAACACGGCUAUGUCUGGGACGGGGUGUUCCAAGAGGUUGAUGUCGAGACGAACGAGCUUCUAUUCGAGUGGCGAGCGUCGGAGCAUUUCUCUUUCGAGGAAAAUCUGCGCGGUCUGAAUGGUGGGAAGACCAAAGAAGCUCCGUGGGAUUUUUUCCACCUCAACAGCGUUGAUAAGGAUGAGCGCGGUAAUUAUCUCGUGUCAUCACGAUACAUGGCCUGCGUUACAUACAUCGACGGCCAUUCAGGCGAUAUCAUCUGGAAACUGGGCGGGUUGCACAAUUACUUCACGGAUCUGUCUGGCGGCAACGCUACCAACAUCAAAGGGCAGCACCACGCCCGUUUUCAGCCGGAAUACAACAAGGACAACAAGCGCGCAAUAACCGUCUUUGACAAUGGCUCGGGCAGCACGGUCUCUAAAAAUCGGCCCACUCGAGGCUUGUUUCUGGAUAUCGACGAGGAGAAUAUGACUGCGGAGGUCCGGCAUGAAUACUGGAAUCCGAUUCCCGUUAGCGUCAAAUCUCAGGGAUCGGUGCAGGUGUUGGACAACGGCAAUGUGCUACUCGGGUACGGGUAUGAUGCUCUAUGGACCGAAUUUAGCAUGGACGGCGAGGUGCUAUGCGACGUGCAUUUCGCGCCGGAACAUGGUUUUGGUAGAGGCAGGGUCAUUUCAUACCGGGUCUCCAAGCAUGACUGGGUAGGACUGCCUAAAACGAACCCGAGUGUUUCCCUGUCGGACAACGAGAUCGCCGUGAGCUGGAACGGCGCUACUGAGGUGGCUACUUGGGUCCUAGAAGGGACGCUCAAGUCCCACAGUGAUAUGGGUGACGAUGCCGGGAGUGAAACCCGCCGCUCGCCCGAUGGAGAAGAAGAUAUGGACGACGAAUUUACUUUCAUCUCUGCAGUCCCGAAAUCUGGAUUUGAGACCAUCUUCGACAUCCCGCCGGGCACAUCUCACCGCACACUCCGUGUCGUCGCACUCAACAGCACGGGGCAUCCGCUCGGAGUGACAGAAUCUUUGAACUGGGAUCCAAAGCAGGCCAGCUACAUUGUCGUCGGUGGCAAAAGUGAUGGUGAUGCUGUUGGGGCCCAUGCAAAGAUGAAGUCGGUCUUAUUCUUCGCUAUUGGGUUCCUAUCCGCUUCGUUGCUGGCCAUCUGUCUGUGGCUUUUCGGCACGUGUUCAUGCUGCGCUGGCUUCAAGCAACGGCUCCGCAGUAAACUCGGAGAUCAAGAGGAUGGGCGAGGAGAAUGGAAGCCUGUUGGCGUGUCAGAAGAUGAUAUUAACGAACUGAAUGAUCUAUCUGGUCUGUCUGACGAGGACGAGGAAACGGGCGGCACAGUAAGAUCGGCCCUUUUGCGCAAGGAAGAAGGAGGCGAGCUCUAA